UCUGCGCGCUGUAUCUUUGACAUAUGUAUCCAACGCGUAGGACUCUAUUUAUGUAAACACAUACAUAUGUAUUAUAUAUAUGCACGUAUCAAUGUGCAGUACUCGUUUCUUUACUCGCAGAUAGGCGGCCUGUUAAAAAGUGCACCGAUUCGAAAUUGGCCCGCGGUCAUUUAUAACCUCGUGUUAUACGUGGGCACGAUAGAUUUUAUCUCCUAAUUACAGUAGAGCAAAUAGGCGUCGUAUUAAUACGAUGUGAUUAUAUGAAAACGAAACAAUGUGUACAUUACAUAUGUAUAUUCUCUAGUCGAUGCAGGUGGGGAUGCACAAACAUGUUUGUUUGCCAACGGGGAUCGAGUCGGUAAUUCUAAUACGCCGUGGCGUUUUACACCAGAUCGUUGUAGCUGUGGAAUUUGUUAGAGUGUCGUUUAGAUUGAUCUAUUAUUUUUACACGAAAAAUCAUCAAAGCUUGUAUACGUAUGCACUAUUAUGCACGAAGCUUGCAGCGUUAUGGAAAUGGGAAAAUCGUGAACAAUUUUGGAAGUAGUCGGCAUCAUUCUGUCCUGACCAACAAGACGUCUGGGAACAUUUCACUGAAUAAAAGAUCCCGAUGGCAGGACACGUGGAAUAAAUCUAACGUCGAUUAGAAGCAGACUUGCAGCCCUUUCCAGAGAAUCGUUUCUAAACGCGAGGCACGAAGUUUUUGGGAAUGUAAUUUAAGAAUGAUAACUCAUGUUCGGAAUGGAUCGUGCAGUCUGUACACCGCAAGAAUCGUGCCGCCAAUUCCAUAGUGGAUUGCAGAAUGGCUUGAAACAGGUGCCAGUGAAGAAUUUUUCGAAACUCAUAUCGAAAUAUAAAUAUUGCGCAAGUGGAUCUUGGAAAAUUGAGAAGAAGCAAAAAUUGCGAAAACUGACAACUGAAAUAAAAGGGUUCCAAUCAACGUUGCGAAUUUUCGAUGUAGAUAUGAGCUAUCGGUUUUUUCUAUUAACGUUCAUGGUGAUAGGAAUGUGUGACACGUUCGGUCAAUCUUUUUGGCGAAAUAAUUUGCCGAUUGCCUUGGAUGAAUCCACGUCGCUAGACGUUCAGCUAGAACGUGAUACUCUCAGUUAUCUUGAGCCUGCAUCGAGAGCUAAACGGUUUGAUGACUCUCAAAAUAUUGCGAACAGCUUUUAUAAAGGCAGACGAACGUCCAAAAAUUCCGUCAUUUUGAAACACAUGACCGUGAGAAAAUCAUACGCAAUCUAUCAUGAUGUUCAUCUGGAACUAGAAAUACCAGAUGCGCGCUACACGAUAUUCAAUUACGGUCCCAGCAAUUCGAUGAGGGAUCUACGGGUUUUGAACCGGUCCGAAAAAAAGUUUGCGAGGUCUACUCGAUGUAAGAGCAACAAGAGGCAAGUUUCUGGACGAGUUCGCACCGUGCCAACCAACCGUUUAUUCGAUAACGAUGGAGCCAGGCAGUCUACUCGGAACUGGAAAUCGAACGCUAAGAGGCCGAAUUUUGAUCUGGAGGUCGCCGGCAAAGUUCGUAGCAAUAAUCUUGAUUCCGCAACAGACGAAUCUAAUGCCAGACGAUUUUACUGGGAACCGAUCUUUGACGGUGGUGUAAUUGAAUCUAUUGGAAGUCUUUUUAGUGAUAGAAUCAAAGACGAAGCGAACAGGGAAAGGAUAGAAAGGGAAGAGAUUCGGAACGAGAAAUUGAUAAAGAAAUAUACAGCACUAUUGAAUGAUCCUGAGCAGUAUAAAAAGCUUCAACAAGAGUCUGCGAAUUCACCCAGUUACAUCAACCAGGUGAUCAGGCGAACUUUAUUGCCGAGGCUUGAAGAAGAGAUGAGAGAGUAUUCGGCGAACAAGCCGUUAUAGUCUUCGACCAGGCGUGGUUCAGACGAAUUGAACAAGGCUCGUAGAAGCGAUGAUUUUCGCAAUGACGAUACCGCAUCGUUCGAUACUAAAUACCAAUAAGAAAUUUCGUCAGUCUCCGGAGUGGUCGACACCUUCACGACAGUAAGACUCGGAUAAUGGCAAUGAAUACGUCGAACCAUCAUCAGUCGCUAUUAGUAUGACAAACUAUUUCGAGUAACAAAAUAGAUUCGAGUUUGAUUGCAGGAAGCAAAUGGAUUCGUGGCGUUAUUUUCUGAACGCGUGCAAGAUAUGUAUUUUUGGAUUGUAGUUUAGCCCGUCUGUCAUAAUUUUAUUACCAAUAUUUCGACUGUACUUACUCAUAACCUGGCAUAUUUUUCGGAGCUCUUUCGUACGGAAGUAGAAAAAACGGCGAAAAAACUGGUUUCUGAUCAGCAUACGCUUAAGUUGCGAGCUCAGAGUUCUUGCCGAAUCCAUUGGUAUUAGUUACAUCGUCGUUUAAUAACAAAUUACAAAGAGCAUUGGAAUUCACCGGGUGAUAUUACAACUUUACGCAAUCGUGCAGAUCGGCACGUUUUUGCUGGGUAUUCAUUUCGUUAAGCCGCUGUUAUGUCCGCCUUUAAUACCCGCGGGUAGUUACACGAGUAUAAGUAGAGACGAGGAUCAAGGAUCAUCUGCGGAGCGCAACUUACAAGCCGAAGAAUCACCUCAGGAGCGAUCCACCGUGAAAAACGAGUGGUCAUUAAUCAGAACGCGGUUCGUCUUAUCGAACGAUUUGCGUUUAGUACCCCACAUUUAUUCACAUAAUGUAUCAUCUUAUUUCGACGGGAAAAUUCGGGGAAUAAGGUCCGUAAAAA